GGAGUGAGCGCUGUGCUCUGGGUGCGAGUGCUGGGCUGGUGAUUACAGGAGACGUGACCGGAGUCCGGUCCACGGAGGGUGACCGGCUGUGAAGCUGGAAAUAGACAGGCCCCUCCCCUCGCCUGCGCGCCUCUGAUGUUGUUCCUCAGCCCUCGGCUCUGGGCACAGCUGCUGUUGGUGAAACCGGAGCCGCGCUGACGGGGCAAGAGGGGACACCAGAGACAAGGGUCUGGGGCCCCAGCUCUGACGCAUGCUGCAGGUCUGAGAGGAGGGCAGCUGGCAGGACCCCUGGCACAGCGCGGAGGUGUCCUCCUGCAGCUCUGGGAGAAAGGGUACGAUGAUGCAAGUUAAGUGCAGAGCCCUGCUGUGAGGACAGACAGCUCAGGGUCCUAACAGCAACAGUAAUUCACCACGAGCAGCAGCUCCCAGGAAUUCAUCAGGAUGGAAGGACUGUGGAGUCUUAGUCAAUGAACACACUUGUCUGAGGGCUAACAUCCUAACUUCUUAAGUGACCUGAGUAAUUAUAAAUUAUUGACAGUACCGAUUGAACUGUUGUUAUGCCUCCCGAAUGUUUGUUAUGAACUCCAUUCUUCUUCUUCAUAAGAAAAAGAAGAAUAUCCAUUCUGCUCUAGGCCACUUCUGUGUGGAUUUUGUGUUUCUCCCUGGUCCACACUGGUUUUCUGAAGGUGCUCCUGUUUCCUCCCUCUGCCCAAGGACAUGCUGUCCAGUUUAACUGGCAUCUCUAAACUGUCCUCCUGCAGUGGACUGGUGUCCAGUCCUGCCCAGGGUGUGUCCUAUGGUGGACUGAUGUCCUGUCCUGCCCAGGGUGUGUCCUGUGCAUCUGGCUCACUGUGCCCCUCUAGUGGGCUGAGCCAGUGUUGAGAGCGGACAGAUAAUACCGCAGUGCAUAAACCUUUCACAGCAAACAAGAUCAGACCGCUGUUCCUCAGAGACCUGCGCUCUGGCUGGUCCUGGAGCCCCAGAGACAGGUGCGGGGCCUGGCAGUGCCCCUGUGUAUUAAUAGGCCUUGUGUCAGCGUGCGCGCCGCUAUCUCUGCUGUGCACUAGUCCGUACAAAGGCACCAGCUCGUGGGGACCCCCCGCUGUGAGGACAACAACGGCUCCAGGCGCCGCUCCCUGCGCCAAGACACCACCGCGCUCCCUGCUCUCACCGUCCGGCUGUCACUGUGCCCCCCGGCCCCUCGCUCGCCGUCAUGGCUCCUAAGAAGAAGGCGGCCCGUCAGAAGAAGCUGGCCCCAGAGCAGGGCAGCCUGCCGGUCGUGCUGGGCGGCGAUGAGAAGAUCGAGGAGGCGGCUCUGGACAUCGAGAAGCUGAACCAGCUGAACGGGCUCCUGCCUGAGCCGGGCUCCUUGCCCAGCCUCGUGUCCGCGGGCAGCGAGGUGAGCCAGCCGGAGCACGGCGCCGCCCUGCUGGAGGAGCUGAGCCGCAUGCGCCAGGAGCGCUUCCUCACCGACCUGGAGCUGGCCACCAAGACCAAGGCCUUCGACGUGCACAAGCUGGUCAUGGCCUCCUGCAGCCAGUACUUCCGGGAGCUGCUGCAGAAGGACCCGGCCGUGCGGCGCGUGGAGCUGCCCUCGCUCUCGCCCCUCGGCCUGGCCACCGUCAUCACCUACGCCUACCUGGGCCGUGUGCACCUGUCUCUCUACACCAUCGGCUGCACCGUGGCCGCCGCCACCCGCCUGCAGAUGCCGCAGCUGCUGCAGCUGUGUGCCGACUUCCUGCUGCGCGAGCUGAGCGUCCAGACCUGCGUCUACGUCUGGAACAUCGCCGGCGCCUACCGGCUGGCUGCGGUGCGCGAGGCGGCACGCCGCUUCCUGUUGGAGAACUUCGCCGAGUUCGCCGGCACGGCCCCCUUCACCCAGCUCACGCUGGAGCAGAUCACCGCCUUCCUGCAGGACGAUGCCCUGGAGCUGCCCUCCGAGGUCACGGCCUUCCAGGUGGCUCUCCGGUGGCUGGAGUUUGACCCGAAGCGCCUGCGGCACGCGGCCGGGCUGCUGUCCCUGGUGCGCUUCGAGACCAUCCCGGCGCCGCAGCUGGUCAGCGAGGUCCAGCCCGUUCCGCGCAUGAUGCUGGACCCGGACUGCCACCGCCUGCUGGUGGACGCCAUGAACUACCACCUGCUGCCGCACCAGCAGAACGCCAUGCAGUCGCGGCGCACACGCGUGCGCGGCGGCCGCCGGGCGCUGGUGGUGGUGGGCGGCCGGCCCUCGCUGACCGAGCGCGCCCUGAGCCGCGAGCUGCUGAGCCGCGAGGCCGGGGGCUCGGCCUGGAGCAGCCUGACCCAGCUGCCGGCCAAGAGCUUCAACCAGAGCGUGGCCGUGAUGGACGGCUUCCUGUACGUGGCCGGGGGGGAGGACCAGAACGACGCGCGCAACCAGGCCAAGCACGCCGUCAGCACGCUCUGCAGGUACGACCCACGCUUCAACACCUGGCUGCACCUGGCCGGGAUGCGCCAGCGCCGCACGCACUUCAGCCUGGUGGCCACCGGGGGGCAGCUGUUUGCCAUUGGUGGGCGCAGCGCCCAGGGCAUCCUGUCCACGGUUGAGUGCUACGUGCCCUCCACCAACACCUGGCACCCCAAGGCCGGGAUGGAGCUGCCCCGCUGCUGCCACGCCAGCGCGGUGCUGCCCUCUGGGGAGAUCCUGGUCACCGGCGGCUACAUCAGUGCCGCCUACUCCCGCUCCGUCGUCAGCUACAGCCCGGCCACGGACCGCUGGGGCGAGCGCCCCGGCCUGGGCACGCCCAGGGGCUGGCACUGCGCCGCCGCGCUGGGGGAGCGCGCCUACGUGGUGGGCGGCAGCCAGCUGGGCCCGAAGGGGGAGAGGGUGGACGUGCUGGCAGUGGAGGUGUACGAGCCCGGCAGCGCGCAGUGGAGCUACAGCGCCCCCCUGCCUCUGGGCGUCAGCACGGCUGGGCUGGCCGUCCUGGAGGGGCAGCUGUUCCUGGUGGGCGGCUGGAACGAGGCCGAGAAGCGCUACCAGGCCACCGUCCAGCGCUACGACCCGGAAGCAGACACCUGGGAGCAGGAAGAGGAGCUGCCGGAGCCCACUGUGGGCGUGUCCUGCUGCGCACUCACCCUGCCCCGCCCACAGCUGCCACGGCAACGCCACGGCGACUCCGCGGGCACCACGCGCAGCCGGGCGGAGUCUCGCUCCAGCAGUGUGACAUCAGGUGUCAACAGCGUCUGAGAAAGAGAGGAGAGAGAGGGAUGAGUGAGGGACGAGAGAGAGAGGGAUGAGUGAGGGACGAGAGAGAGAGAGGAGUGAGGGAGGAGAGAGAGGAGUGAGGGAGGAGAGAGUGGGCGAGGACAGAGGGAAUGUGUGUUCGUGCAUUAUUGUGUGAGGACUUGUGUAACUGUCAGCCAUUCAGUUCCUGGGAACGUUUCACCGUGUUUGCAUGUGAGUCUGCUAACACAGAAAAGCAAAAGGGCAAAAUUGCGAUAGUCGUGCAUUCUGAAGCAUGAAGCAAUCCUAAAUAAUAAAA